AUGGCUGACGGAUUGAAUGAAGCUAGAGCCUUGAGAGUUGCUGAGCUGAUGAACGACUUCAGAACACUCCUUCUUCAUAUAUCCCAGCUAAAAACGGAUGCGCCAUCUGGAGAGGAAUUUGAAGAGGGUUAUACUUUGAUGAGACGGUGUCUGGGCGAAGCUCAAGGACUCAUUUCAACCCAAUUCAAUACUGAAUCCAUUCACAAUUCGAAUGCGGAUGGAGAAUGGCAAAAGGUGCAACUGCAGCGAAUCAUCCUUGACGCAUCAGCACGCCGUUUCCAAGCACAUAGACUGUACUUGCGGAUGGCUGCUGCCAGGAGGUGGGCCAUGACCCGCGCCCAGGUUUUACAGGGUCAAAAACCUGGACCGUCUCAUCGAGAUGCUCUUAGGGCGGCGGACGAGACUUUGCGCAACGAUCUUUUACAACUUACUGACCCCUAUAUCCGAAAUGAUCUCUGGUCUGCUGAUGUUCGUGCUGGUCACUGGCUCAGCGAAGACCCGGAGUUGAGUACCAUGCUGAAUUGGUUUCGAACCCAUUCAUAA